AUUUUUGUUCGGGGAUUUCCGUUAGAAGUUACACUUCUUGAAUUCUUGAUUCUUGUCUCGUUUUGUCUCGUCCAUCAAGUGGUCCAAUAAUAGAAAUAAUUGUGAAAUAUUUUCAUUUAUUUGUUUUCUCUACUUUAAAGAACUUAGACGUAUAUGUAAUCUAAUAAGUUUAACAAAAUACAUCCACAAAAAGGUAGAUCAAAUCAUUAAGUACUUUCUCUUGUUUCAAAGUUAUAUUAGCGACUAUUACCACCACGUUUCUUUUUGUGAAUCCUUUUCCUUUGUUCGAAAAUGUUAACAUGUCAGGUAUGCGGUGUAGUCGACGAGUAUUACGAUGAAAACUCUGAUGUUCAUCACAAUGAUACCCCGAAACAUCAGGCCAACAUGAUUUUACUACACUAUAAAAACAAUAAAAAAUAUUUCAGCAAGAACCGGGAUGGUGUCAUCGUAUUAGGCAGUGCAGAGGCAUCCUCUAAUAAGGUCCCAGAGACAGAUCAUGUGAAAAUAAUAAUUUAUGUAAAACCAAAACAGAUUGUCAAGUUCUCAUUCAAGAUCAGCAAUGAUAUGAAAAAUGAAGAUUUGUUAGUGGUGGGCAUUCAUCUAGCCCAUCCACAGCCCCAGUUUGUGAUGAAUGACCACCCCUUCAUUUUUGGAGGGGACCCUCACAUAUUAAGUAAAAAAUCAACACUAAACCAGGAAGUCAGUGUUGAAUUCCAUGCUCAAGAUAUUGGUCAAUAUGAAAUGCCUAUUAUGCUUACAUUUUAUCGUAGAAGCGACGAAAAGCAUAUCAUAUUAAUACGUGAAAUGGUGGUUAUAGUGCAAGAACAUGAGGUCCAACAUACAAGCAAAAAGAGCCCUUACCUUAAUGAAGACUGGCAAAAUGCAGAUCAUUUUAUACAGUCAAUAACUCAUGUGCCAUAUCAAAUAAAAUUCAAGAUACCGAAGCUGCUUAAGGUGCUUUUGCCAAAAGGCUUGGACGAGAAAGCCCUAGAGGGACUGCAGAUGCCUGCAGAUGUGAUGGAGAAACUGCGACUAUUGCUCAUAUCCACUAGAGCUAUAUUUGAUGAGGGAGCAACCAAAAACAAUUAUAUGAUUUAUUUUCACCAUUUACUAUGGUGGGAGGAAAUUAUUUCAAAGAUUAAUUUGAGGAAAUACAAUAUGUUUGGUGUAAAAAUCGAAAAUAGGCCAGAAGGAUUCUUUCUUGAAGUACCAGGGUUAGCUGAGAAGCGACCCUCAUUGUUACGAGGUGAUCGUGUGUACAUACGUCCACAAGAUAAUCAAACAAUUGUCUUUGAAAGUAUAAUCAAAGACAUCAAUGACACUCACGUUCAGUUAUAUAAGAUGGAUCAGGCAUUUUUCAACAACUACUACAGCUGUGAUUCAUUGUAUGACAUUCGGUUCCUCAUGUCCCGUGUGCCUUUGGAGCGUAUGCACGAAGCUGUCUCCACCGUGUUCAAGUCGAAGCAAGAAAGCCGUAUUUUUCCCCAACCCGUAGCUAAGAAAGUUUACUUGAAGCCUGUCACCGAGUUCUACAAUCCUCUUAUAGAGCGGAAUCAAGAGCAGCGAUCGGCUGUUGAGCACAUAGUUUCGGGCACGUCCGGCAAGGCACCUUACAUUGUGUUUGGGCCUCCAGGCACUGGGAAGACCAUGACCAUCGUCGAGGCUAUAGUACAGUUAGUAGCUAAAAACUCCAAGAACCGCGUGAUGGUGUGCACCGACUCUAACAUGGCGGCCGACCACAUCGCGAUGAUGCUGUUGCAGUAUAACAAGAAGCUCAACAUGCCCAACUUCCUGUUGCGCGGCAACUCACAGUCCAGGGAGUGGACUGUGAUGCCGUCAGCGCUGGCGCCGGUGUCAAACGGCACCAGCUUCGAGACAUUUUACUCUCUGAAAAACACGCAUGUCUCAAUGUACAGGAUAUUUGUCACCACACUGUUGCAUGCCGCCAAAUAUGGAUCUCAAAGAUCUCAAUCGGAGUAUAAGCUUCAAAUGACACACCUGUUCAUUGAUGAAGCAGCUCAAGCCUCUGAACCCGCUACCCUGGUGCCAGUGACUGGGCUACUCUCACCCAAAGGCAGCCUCAUCCUGGCCGGUGACCCACAACAGUUGGGGCCUGUGUGCAUUUCAGCAGAGGCUAAGAGUAGAGGCUUAGGAACAUCCCUCUUGGAGCGUUUGAAAAACACAUACGAGAACUUAUAUGAGGAUCCCGACUACAUCACGAUGCUGGUGCAAAACUUCCGUUCGGACCCCGACAUAUUGGCUAUACCUAAUGAAUUUUUCUACGACAACAGCUUAAAGCCUUUAGCCCCGCUGGAUCCUCUCAGUCGAGUGAGUGUGCUGGGCCUGCCCGGCGGCGAGCGCGCCUUGGUGUUCCACGCUGUCAAUUCUCGCGAACAGAGAAUGGGCAACGCUCCGAGUUACUUCAAUGAGAAAGAACUUGAUAUGCUCAAAAGGUAUAUCAAGGCGCUGAUAGAGAAACAUAAUGUGGCUUCUAAAGACAUUGGUGUAAUUGCUCCAUACAUAAGACAGGUGUACAAAAUGAAAGUAUGGCUGGCCAAUGAGAAGUAUACCGAUAUAGAAGUGGGGACUGUGGAAUCGUUUCAAGGCAAAGAGAAGCGUGUCAUCUUGGUGUCAACUGUGCGCGCCAACUGCAGACUCUUGGACUAUGACGCCAAAUAUGGACUCGGAUUUCUGGUUGAUGAUAAGCGCUACAACGUAACACUGACCCGGGCCAAAGCCAAACUGAUUAUAAUUGGCAACCCGGCUUGCCUCACGCGGGACCGCAAAUGGCGUAGAUACAUGGAGUUUGCGCGCGAGUUGAACUGCUAUUACGGCGCAGAGACCCAACAACUGGAACGUACAGCUGAGCUACUUCAUGAGGUCACCAAAAAACGGUUCGACAAAUGCAGGUUGUCCGACUACAUUAUACCAAAGAGCACCAAUACACCCAAAAAACAAUCAAAAUCCAAAAAAAAGUAAGCCCACGUAGAUCCAUUGACACAGCAUACAUUCAUCUGGAUAUAUCUUAGAUCCAUUCGAAUAGCAUACUUUGAUUUUUUCAAUUUGCUGAUUGCGAUAAAUCCAUGUGAAUUAUGAAGAAAUUGUUGAUUUGUACCCAUUUUGGGUAUACUGCUUCUUUUUUUUGUGUUUCUAUUUUUCUAUCUUUGUUAGUUUUUCUAUUUUUCUAUAUUUGUAUUGUUUUUCUAUAUUUGAAUUAUUUUUCUGUUUUUGUAAUUUUUCAUUAUUUUGGUGGUAUCACGGGAAGUCUAUUUUUUGUUCAUUUACUUACUGUUUGACGAAUUGCAAUAAAUACAAUGGUGAUGAUUAGAAGUAUUAAGUUUUUUGCUAGUAUUUUUUUACGAGUUUGGUUAUUAUGAUUAUUGGGACUUGUAACAAGAUUAUGUAUUUCACAAAAUAAUUAAUACUUUCAACUUAUAUGAUUUGUUACACAUAAGUUUACUAAUUGACAGACACCAAAUAAAUAAUAAUUCUAAAAGAAAUGGCAAGUUUUUUAAAGUAGAUUCUUAUAAGUGAUUGAUGUAAUCUCUAAAUAGGCAAUAAUGUUAUUUAUUGAAAUAGUAUUAUUUUUACUUGUUAAAAAUAUUUGUUAUGUGUGCCCUAAAACUUCUUCACUGUCUAUUAACUCUCUAUCUUCUAGAGUCUAGAUGUUUUAUUUCGAUUUUAUGCUAAAUAGUAUGGUAGGAGUUACAAAAACACUUUACAAAAGAGACUAAAUAACUCCUCAUAUGCGCUGUACAACGGUGGUAGUUAAGCGUGCAAGCUAAUUCAUUAUUGAUUCGCAUUUUGCCUUUUGCCCCACUUAAGUCAUAAAAAUAAAUAAUAAUAACAAUAAUCUAAAAUAUAUAAAAUAGCUCGCACACCUGUACCGCGCAGAUGAGAAUUUAAUUCAGUGGUUUGCCCACUGCCCCGUGAGGAUGUCGCUGUUGUGCUUUUAGAUGUUUUCAAAAUGGCGGCCGCCGCGACUUUAGUUCCAGUUUUGGCCACCGGGUCAGGUUCAUGGCACUUUAGAGUAUCAAAUUGAAGUACAUAAUAUUUUAUGUGAAACAAAUCAUAUAUUACAAUAAAAUUAACUCGUAAUUUUUGUGAUAUAAAUUUACGAAUUUAAUAACAAAUAAAUAAAGGUCCUGUGAUAUUAUUAUAAUCCAUAGGUUUAAGACAUAUGUUAUUUUAGUUAUAUUGUCUAGAGAAUAAUUUUAUAUAUCAGUUACCAAUGCCAUAUACUUGAAUGACAGAGCUAUUAGAAGUAUUACAAUUUACCUACUAAUCUAAGGCUCAUGUUAAAAAAAAUAUUACAAUUUACCUACAAAUAUAAGGUUGGUUAAGUUAAUAGUUAAUUUAUUAACUGGUCGCCAUAAUUAUUUUGGAUUAUAAACGUGGGUGCAAGUUUUUAUCACUACAUAUAGUUGUACUAAUCAACAUCAAGAAGUCGAUUUGGUUUUGGUUUCUAAGUAAACUAAAGGAGUGUCAGCACGACAGAAACGCGUUGUUAAAUUAUUUUAAGUAGAACAGGAGGAGGCGUGUGGCAUAGAAACCCAUUUAUCAUAACAGUUUCCUAACAACAUCUCGCAGACAGAUGAUAAUUUAUAAACAUGUUUCUGCUUUGGUGAUGCUUCAUUACAAUUACAACUAAAACCAAAAUGAAACCGUCUAGCGAAAGUAGAAGAUAGUUUAUUUAAAUACAACACCGCAGAUUUAAAUGUAAAUGGCUAAAUAUUUUUUAUAAUGUGUUAGCGUUUAAGACUUCAAAAAGCAUUUUAAUGUUAGUCCAUACAUAUUUUGUAAAAAUAAGAAAAUAUUUCAAGGGUCCAACAAAAAAUAUGUCGAGCUUAUAUAUUUUUUUUUAAUUAAUAUUGAUUAAAUAAAUUAUUGAAACAAUACUAUGAUAUCACUAAAUAAGGCCAAUGAGACAAAUAAUAAUAUUAAACUUCAACAAGUGAGUGAAAAGAUUUAUUUCCAAAUUGAUGAUAAAGUUUCUAGGCUGGCCGGAAUUAUAAAAAAUCUUCAAACUAAUCGCCUUUUCUACUGCAACCUUAGUAUGUUAGUUGAAGAAAUUUUUUCCUUCGUUGUUAGCAACAUGGUUAGGUUUUUUACUUAUCUGGCCAGGCUACAUUCUUUAUCUGUAAACUUUUUAAUUUUUUUUUAUCUAUGGAUUCAUAAUAGUAUAGGAGUGGUGUGUAGAGUUACAGAAUUAAUUAAUAGAAUUACAGCUUGCAACAAUGCAUAAUGGAGACUAAAAUAUAUAGACUAAAAACUAAGUCAGUAAGUAAUAGUCUGCGAUUUGUCGUGUCGAUUAUGAAUAGUCUGAAUCACGUUGCGCGCUCAAUACCAUCACCACAAAUGGCCGAUCGCUAUCGUAUUUGAAACGACAGACUGCAAAUUACUCAACUUAUGAACAACUCCAUAAUGCAAAAUAUUACCCGCUCUAGCUAUGGUACACAUCGAUUUUACCGUAAAAUAAAAAAAUGUAUAGGAAUGAUGACAUGUCCGAUUGAUAGGUCGAUCACGUGACUUAUUGAUAACUAUAAUAUUUCAUAGACUUUUAAUUUUCAAAGCGAUUGUAGAAAGAGAAUCAAUAUGUAACAUGGCUAGAACGGCAGUAUCGCCUUGUCUGUCAGUCUCAACAUUGCUGAUAAAUCUAAAUAUCAUUCUAUAACUUUGACCAUCACUACAACGUGAAAGCAUGUUUUUUUGAAACUACUAUGUAUGUGAAUCAAUAGGUUAUAUGCUUAUUUGUUUAUAUUAUUCCUAGUUUUAAUGAUUAUACCUUUAAAUAAUCAAUGUAUUUGUUUGCAUACAUAAAUAGUUGACUGCACAAACUUAACAUAUAUUAUUAUGUUGCUUUACACAGUAUCAUGGAUGCCUCUUGGUUACGGAUGACAUACAAAAUCUUCGAUAUAAAGCCUCAUCUAUUUUUCAUUAGCAAGUCAAGUUUUGUUGUAUCAAGUAAAAAAAUAAAUUAUUGUAAAAAUCUAAGGACCUGACUGUAUGAAAUAUACAUAAUUUAUAAAUUAAUAUUUAUUUCUCAAAUAACCGAGACAAAUCCCAUGACACUUAAUUACUAUUAUGUUGAAAUCUAUCAUGACGUCUAGGCUUAGCAUAGCCUUACCAAAAUAUAAAAAAAAACCUGGAGCGCCAUCUUUAAUUUUUUUGCAGUCAGUGCUAGUAUGAUAAUACUUUUUAUACAGCAUGUUUUUAUUUUAAUUUUAAUUUUUUUGGUCAGGCUCUAAAAUACGCUUAGUUUCAGUUAUUAUUAGUGAUUAAUUCUUGCUUCAUUACCCACAUAGGUGACUUGUUUUUAUUUAUAAACGGCUAUUGUUUUAUACAUCACGUUUUUUUAAUGAUUAAUUUAUCUUGUUAUUCAUAUAAUGUAGUGUUAAUUAAAUUUUUUUAAAUUACAAAUUAUUAUCAUUUCAAUAAUUGUGUAAUUAUUAUUUUAUUAAUAAUUAUUUCAAUGUAAUUCUUAGUAUACCUACCUGCACAUUUUCCCUAUACUCUUGUCAAUCGUAUCAUUUAUAAAAAUACAAAGGCCAUAGAUAUUUUAAUUGUAAUUAAAUUUUACAAUAUGUAAAUGCAAAAAAAAAAUUUUGAUUCAUCAAGUAACGUUUUUAAUUUACACUUAUCAUAAUUAUUACAACAUUAAAAUGUCUCCAAAAUGUGGUAUGAUUGUAAUCAUAGAGUAGAAUGUAUUGUAAUAUAGGGAAGAAAGUGUUACCAGGUAAAAGCAUCUAAAAUUCCAUUUAAUAGUUGACUUACAGUUCAAGGUCUAAAAGACAACUUGAUAUCUAUUUUCAUCUUAUGGAACCUAAAAUAUGCUUUCUCUGUAAGUUAAUAGUACCAUUUAAUUAUGAGUGCAUUACAAAUAUUCGAUAACAUUUAGAUUUUAAGAAUAAAUAAAACAUUAUGAACUUAAUAAAAGUAAAUAUCUGUGAACCAGUGUAAUAAUAACACAGUUACAGUGUUUUGUUAUGUUGUUAAUCUAUAGUACAUUUAACAAGACGAGUUAAAAUACGUAAAUGACCUAAUCGUUACUAAGUUACAUGUAGAAGCGAGCUAGUAUUAUCUGUCUUUAUCUGAUGUAAGCAAUCCUGUAGUCAAUUUGCUUACAUUCUUUAUCUCGUCUUAUUGAACGUACUAUAUAUUAUUUUUACCUGGCAAUUUCACACGUUGUGCUAAUAUAACGCGUCACGUCUUGCGUUUCAUAGUCCAAGCACAGUGUGUGAAUGUAUUGAGGUACUAAGUUCAAAAAUUUAUCUAUGUAAACUGAUCGACAUUAUAACUGGCUAAUCAGGUUCUCACAUACCCAAGAACAGUCAUAUAUACAUACAUACACUCUGUUGUUUCAACUUUCAGAAAAUUAUGUGCUUGUGGGCUUUAUAUAAGUUAAGUCAUUAACUUUUUAAAACCGAAGUGCGUUCGCGAGGCACUUCCGAGUUUUAACGGACUUUUUGAGAGUGGAACAAAUGGGUGCAUUUGUACAAUUAUCCGAUUCACGCUUACACCUAUGUCGAGUCUCUUUACUGGACGCACCUAAUGAUUUAUUUAAUUUUAAAAUCUAAUACAACAAACAAUAUAUUAUAAUUAUUAUCAGUUCAUGAUGUUACCUAUCAGUACAUAAGAUUUAGGUUAGUAGGUACUAAGAAAAAAAUAUUUUUUAUAAUGGUAUUAAGACCAGAUUAUUACUUUUGAAUAAAAUAAUUGGUUGAA